AUGUUAAAGGGUGCUAUACGGCGGCAAAGGAUUCGUGCCUGUUUGUCAGGAUUCCAUGGACCGAAUGUCCGAGCAGCGGUGUAUCGUUCCAAACGAUACUCAGCCACGGCUGCUACAUCCACAAGUACAAGUACCACACAUAGUGGUCCUGGUGCCACCACACUGUUUGGUGGGGGGUCGUCACUGUUUCAGUACCCACUAAUAGAGGAGUUGAAAUCCAGAAACUUGGCGGAAAGCAAAAGCUCCAUACAUGAAAAGUCUUUUGAUCAAAUAGACCCAUCAACUGAUAUUCCAAGUGGUUCAUCCACCAAUUUGGGAUGGUCAUCUUCUUAUGAUCCAGUAGUGAGAUCCCCAUUUGCCAAAGAUGAACUCCAUUUAAAUUCGUUACUUGAAGCCAUGUUAACCAGUAAGAACUUUAAUAGAGCCCAGAAUGUUCUCCAUACGUUAUAUUCUCUCUUGAUGAGUCCCGAUACAUUUGUAUAUUCCCUUAACAGAUACUUGGAAGCAUGGGGUGCAGAAGAAACUGUUAGUUUGGAAGACAUGGAAGGACUCCUCAAAGAUAUGAACAAACGGUACCCUUCAUUAAGGAGAAACAAUCGUACUUAUGCCAUCUUGUUGGCUAAAGCCAUCGAUGAACACGUUCAUAUGGACUUGAUCAGAGCCCUUCCCAGGAAAACAGUUAGAGAUAUGUUAACUUAUGUUGAUGUCAUUGGUGGUGAUGGUUUAAAUACCUUAUUUUCCACUCAAGAAUUCACUCAAGACUAUGUUCCAGAUGAGUUGAUGGAGCUCUUUCAUCUUGUACGAAGAGAAACUGUGACUGAUGAAGACUUACAUUCACCAUCAGCAUCAUCAAUAGUAUCAGCAUCAGCAUCAGCAUCAGCAUCACCAUUAUCAUCCCCAUUAUCAUCAUCCCCAUUAUCAUCAUCGCCAUCAUCUGCAUCAUUAUCAUCAUCCAUAACUUCUUCAAAGGAAACCAUCCCUACCUUGGACAAAGACAGUGAAGAUCUUCUUUCUGUAGACUCUUUCGGGAUGCAGGCCAUCAGAAGUACUCUCUUGGGGUUGCAAGCUGAAUCCUCAGAAUCAGCGAAGUUGAUGGAAUUAAUAGAAGAACUCAAAUCAGAACCUGAUAGUAUCAUUGACCAUCUGCUGGUACAGAAAAGAGAUUAUUUUGCCAUUUAUAGAUCAUUAAAGACCCCAGAACAAAAGAAGAAGUUCAAUGAGCUUCUAGAAUUGCAUAACCGUGAAAGAGAACGGGAAUUAGAAAUCCGUGGUGUUGAUGCCGCAAGAGAAAAGUGGAAACAUGAAUAUGAAGAAUUGAUCAAACGCGGUGCCAUGCAAGUUUCAAGGAACUUGAAUCCACUUUUAUAUCAAUGGUAUUCCGCAUUAUUACCAUAUGUGGUUGAAGAACAAAGACUUUGUAUUGAUUUGGUCAAUGGAGAUGUGAAUUAUGACGAAUUGACUGCUGAAGAGGCCACUCAAAUGAAGAAGAGAGCACAUUAUGCACCAUACUUUGUUUUAAUUAAACCCGAGAAUUUGAGUGUCAUCACUAUUCUUGAACUUUUGAGGUUGAACAGUGUUGGAGGCAUUGCUGAUGGUAUGAGAUCCACAAGAGCAAUGGUCAGUGUUGGGAAGGCAUUGGAAUUGGAUUAUAAGGCACAAGAAUUGUGUAAGACCGAAAGAAAGAAGUAUAGCAAGCUUACUAAAAAUCAACAAGAUUGGAAAAGAUAUUUGGGUACCAGAAAAGAUUCAGAAAAGAAGGAUUCAAUUGUUGAUAAUGAAUGGGGGUCUGUGGUAUAUUCCAAAUUAGGAGGGAUCUUAUUAGCAUUACUUCUUCAUGUGGCUAAAGUGCCUGUUUCAUAUAAGGACGAAGCUACUGGUGAGAAACACAGUAUGGAAUUGCCGGCCAUUAACUUAACAUACCAAUAUUUAUCCGGACAAAAGGUUGGAGUGUUAAGAUUCCAUAAAUCAUUAGUUCGUAUGAUGGGUGGUAAUGAGAUUGCAAACUCUGUUCUGCCUCAGCUAUUACCCAUGUUGGUGGAACCUCGUCCAUGGACAGCUUUCAAUGAUGGCGGAUAUUUGUAUACCCCGAAUCAAGUUAUUAGAAUUAAGGAUUCUCCUGAAACAUUUGCUUAUUUGAAGGCUGCAUCUGAUAGAAAGAAUUUGGAUUUGGUUUAUGACGGGUUAAACGUUUUGGGUAGCACUGCUUGGACCGUCAACAAGAGGGUUUUUGAAGUUAUUGGUCAUUAUUGGAAUACAGGUGAAGAAUUUAUAGAUAUUCCACCAAUUGUGGAAGAACCCCAAAUGCCUCCUUCAAUCCCUCAUAAUGCUGAACCCAUGGAGAAGUUUGAAUACCAAAAGCAAGUUCGGAAGAUUUUGAAUGAAACUGCCGCUUUGAAAUCUCAAAGAUGUGAUAUCAAUUAUAAGUUGGAGAUUGCUAGAGGGUUUCUUGGUGAGAAGAUGUACUUCCCUCAUAAUUUAGAUUUCAGAGGAAGAGCUUAUCCCAUCUCACCUCAUUUUAAUCAUUUAGGUAAUGAUUUAACUCGGUCUUUAUUCCUAUUUUGGGAAGGUAAGGAAUUAGGAGUUGAAGGCUUGAGAUGGGUUAAAAUCCAUUUAUCCAAUGUGUUUGGUAUAGAUAAGGUAUCCCUUGACGAAAGAGAAGCUUUUAUCAAUAAGAAUUUAGACCAUGUCUUUGCAUCAGCAAGAGACCCUCUCAACUAUGAUUGGUGGAAAAAAGCCGAUAAGCCCUGGCAAGCAUUAGCAUGUUGUUUUGAAUUGGAAGAAGCGUAUCAAUUGGAAGAUCCAACAAAAUACAAUUCCCAUAUUCCAAUUCAUCAAGACGGUUCAUGUAAUGGGUUGCAACAUUAUGCUGCAUUAGGAGGUGACAUCGAAGGGGCCAAACAAGUGAAUUUAACUCCUGCUGAUAAACCUCAAGAUGUGUAUCAAUAUGUUUGUAACUUGGUUCAAAAGACUGUUGACAAAGAUGCUGCUGAUGGCAAUGAGAUUGCCAUAUUCUUACAAGACAAGCUUACGCGUAAGGUUGUCAAGCAAACCGUCAUGACCAAUGUUUAUGGAGUGACGUUUGUUGGUGCCGUUGCUCAAAUCGAGAAGCAAUUGGCACAAUACUUCAACAAGGAUGAAGACGAUAAGUUGGCACAACAUGCUAGAUAUUUGACAGGGUUAGUGUUUCAAUCUAUUCGAGAAUUGUUUGAAGGGGCCCAUGCCAUUCAAGAUUGGCUUGGAGAAGCGGCUAAGAGAAUCUCUAAGUCAAUUCGUAUUGACUAUGAAGAAAGUACAGCCAACAAUUCCAACAAACCAAGUCACAUGUCGUCGGUCAUAUGGACCACCCCCCUAGGGUUACCAUGUGUACAACCCUACCGAGUCACUAAGAAACAAAUGGUCAACACCAAUCUACAGGAUGUUGCUAUCACCGACCCCUUUGGAGCCGCACCUGUUGAUGCUCGGAAACAAAUGGCAGCGUUCCCUCCCAACUAUGUUCAUUCCUUAGAUGCCACUCAUAUGCUUUUGACUGCAAAAGAAUGUGGUGAAGAGAAAAUGUCGUUUGCGGCAGUGCACGACUCGUACUGGACCCAUGCAGUUGAUGUCAAUCAAAUGGGUGAAUGCAUUCGGAACAAGUUUAUCAGUUUACAUUCCGACAACUUGAUACGGAAAGUCAAGGACGAAUUCGAAACAAGAUACAAGGGCUUCUUACAAGUUGUGCAUAUUAAAAACGAAUCUCCAGCUGCUAAAGAAGUGAGGAAAGUCAGAAGAGCAUUGGUCAAGGAAUUGGGUCGAGCACUUACGGUUGCAGAUGAAGUGUAUAUCGAAAAGAAGAGACAAGAAUUACUAAACUCUGAGAAACCCAAUGAGGUUAAAGCCGGGCAAGAGUUGAUAACUCCAGUCAGUGUGAUUGAAAAUAUCAACAUAGAACAAGAUAUUGUUUCCAGUUCCUUCCAUAAGGGAGUUCAAGUAUUGAUACCCUUAAAGUUUCCUCCUAUUCCAGAUAAAGGUGAUUUUGACAUUUCCUUAGUGAGAGAUUCGGUAUAUUUUUUCUCCUAA